UGACUUGGUAAAAUGAGUGAAAAGAUCCAAGCCAGCAACACAGUCAAAGUCCAGAUGAGGGAUCGGUAAAUACAACGUACCUGAAAGACAGGCCUUGAGCAGAUUCCACUGGUAGACAUUAACUCAUUAAAUUGACCAUGACUGUAAAUAUAAACUUUGCCCCCAUCUCACCUGGCAACCAUAAAAGAGGCGGAUUUGUCUAUAAAAGGAUGCAGAAACUGUCCCCAGCUUUCAGGCUCCAAUAUCCCGUCAAGAUGUGGCACCUCAAACUCUUCGCAGUACUUAUGAUCUGCCUGUUGCUGUUAGGCCAGGUAGGUGGCUCCCCAAUACCGGAACUGAGUUCAGCAAAGAGAAGGCCAAGGAGAAUGACCCCAUUUUGGAGAGGGGUUUACCUCAGGCCCAUUGGAGCUUCUUGCCAGGACGACUCUGAGUGCAUCACAAAGCUAUGCAGAAAAAGACGCUGUUCCCUGAGUGUGGCCCAGGAAUGAUGCACAAACCAGGGGAAAAGAGGACAGCACUCGCCUACAACAACGCUCCGUUCUAUGGAAUACUGACAUACUGCAUUUGGCUGGAGACGCUUAAGUGAAGCAAUCUUGUGUUU